AUGUCUAUCCCAGGUGUUGAAACUGGGGAUGAGCAUAUUGGGGAGGCUGGAGCCAACCUGACCGAACCGGAACGUGAACUGCUAAAGGAAGAACUCAAGAAGGUAGACAUUGACAGGUUUUUUGUACGUUUAUUAUUUAGACGGAGGAGGAAAUCAACACCCUCAGGCAGGUGCUUGCUUCAAGGCAGAAGCACGCUCAGCUCUUGAAGCACAAGCUGGGAAUUACACCGUUUGCUGAACUGUCGCAAGAACUCCAACAGCAACUCCGCACUGUUCGUGACACUCCAGUAUACCAGAAGACAAGCGAAGUUGUGUCUGGCACUGCUGAAAGCGUGUCGAACAAAUUUCAAGACAUGAGGAAUUCAUCCCUAUUCAAAUCAUUUGAGUCUAAAUUGGGAAGUGCCUUUACCAACGUAAGUUACUUGUAAUUUGGCUUCAAGGUCAUGCGACUGAAGGUCCAUGUCUACUCAUUACUUGGAGUUCUGUUGUAUGACGAAAUCUUUGAAAUGAGGGAGGAUGGAAUAAUACAUUUUUACCAGUUUCUAUUUUUAGGCAAAGAUGGCUGCCUCAACCAGCUUUGAUCAUUUGGCCGGAGUUGCCCGUCCUCAAUCACAAGCCGGUUCACCCCAAAAGGAAACCCCCACUUCUCCCCUGUCUUAA